GUAUCCACAGAGCAGCACGUUAAUCCACGAGUGGCUGCGGUCAGCAGGAGGGUGCGGGCUAGUUCAGUCCCUCCUCAAUCCCGCCCCUAUCCUGGGCUACAAGUCCAGCAGCAACAAUAUUCUCAGGAAGGAAUCUACUAUCGAACACCCAGUUCUAGUGCUCUUUAUGCUUCAAGGCCGCCACUGCCCAAACCGACUGACAGAAAGGCGAUCAGAGAUGUGGAUGGCUUCACGAGGCCCAGAAACCUCUUGUCUUGGCAGUACCGCGUGGAGUCGAAGUUGUCCCCUGACGACCUGAUUUACGAACCGUCCCGUUUCAUCCGGAUGAGAGAACAGGUCAAAGACAUUCAGGAAAAGAUGGACAAACAGCGACAGUUGUUGGACCGCUAUCUGGACAGCGACUUCAAGAUCACGCCCAGCACACCAAGGAAGGCUGAAGGAAAUUUGAGGAAAUUUCAAUAG